CCCUCAGUACAUCGAUGCCCGAUGCUUUUUUACAUCACUAGUCACUUUGUUAAUCAAAAUAUUAGAAAAAACUCCAUUUCCGCCUCGAAAGUGCAUUUCGGGAUCGCGCAGAAGUGUUAUUAAGUGCGCGACUCGUUCGUUGAUCUUAAAAGCGCUAGUAGGCGAUGAAAAUCAAGUGGAAAACGAUCGUUUUUUCUUCUUAAACUUUUACUUACGGCAGACACGCACACGCACGCAGCUCACCGACGCACUCGCACACACACAACCACUCGCACGCGGAGAGAAGAGCAGCAAGCGGAGGAAGAAGAAGCAGAUCAUCAAACUUAAAAUUUGCGAGAUUCCUUGGCACCGGCUAGCCGUAAGAGGAGGAGAAAUUGCACCCGCCCGGCACACAGCACACAGCAUGUUCAGUGAACAUGGGCGGAUUCCUGGAUAAGCCGAAAACCGCCAAGCACAAUGACGAGGGUGAGGGCAACAAGCUGCUCUUCGGGGUCAGCUCGAUGCAGGGAUGGCGGUCGGAGAUGGAGGACGCCUACUACGCUCGUGCCGGGCUGGGGGAUGCCCUGCCGGACUGGAGCUUCUUUGCCGUGUUCGACGGGCAUGCCGGAUGCAAGGUGUCGGAGCACUGUGCCAAGCACCUUCUGGAGAGCAUUAUUAGCACCGAGGAAUUCAUUGGAGGCGACCACGUGAAGGGCAUUCGCACCGGCUUCCUGCGCAUCGACGAGGUUAUGCGGGAACUGCCGGAAUUCACCCGGGAGUCGGAGAAAUGCGGCGGAACUACCGCCGUGUGCGCCUUUGUCGGCCUCACGCAAGUGUACAUCGCCAAUUGUGGUGAUUCGAGGGCCGUCUUGUGCCGCCAGGGUGUUCCGGUGUUCGCCACGCAGGAUCACAAACCCAUUCUGCCGGAGGAGAAAGAGCGCAUCUAUAAUGCGGGUGGCAGUGUUAUGAUAAAGCGCGUAAAUGGUACCCUGGCAGUGUCGAGAGCCCUUGGGGAUUACGACUUUAAGAACGUCAAGGAGAAGGGACAGUGCGAGCAGUUGGUAUCGCCGGAACCGGAGAUAUUCUGUCAGAGCCGCCAGGAUAGCGAUGAGUUCCUGGUGCUCGCUUGCGAUGGAAUCUGGGAUGUGAUGUCCAACGAGGACGUGUGCAGCUUCAUCCACUCGCGAAUGCGGGUGACCAGUAACCUAGUGAGCAUCGCCAACCAGGUCGUGGACACCUGCCUGCACAAGGGUAGCCGCGACAACAUGAGCAUCAUCAUCAUUGCCUUCCCCGGAGCUCCGAAGCCCACCGAGGAGGCGAUAGAGGCUGAACAUCGUCUGGAAAAGCAAAUCGAGAAGAUCACAAGAGACGAGAUAGAGUCUAGCAAGAUAACCGACUACGUGGAUCUGCUGAAGUGUCUGCAGAACAGAGACGACAUCGAAGGUCUUCCACCCGGAGGAGGUCUACAGUCCAAAUAUCACGUUAUCGAGCGCACAUUCAAGCAAGAGUUUCCGGAUCGACCAUGUGAACUGUAUGCAUAUGAUGAUAUAUGAAUUUUGUAAUGCUAAUUGUUCAUUUUUAAACCAACCAACCAACCAACCAACAACCAACCAGCAAGAGAACAAAGAUAACUAAACACCCUAUGCUUCACAUACUCUAAAUAGUCCAACGCAUUAGGUUGCAGUCGAAACACGAAACAGAACCAGUUAAACAAAUGCAGAAACCAGAUCAGAUCAGAACCGAACAGAACAGAAAGCAGAGCCACACAACUUGAACGAAGCAAAAACAUACAAGAACACACACCAAACAGUUUUCUACUUUGAUAAACACAAAAGAAAAACCUACUAAUAAUGAUAAUAAUAAGAGUAACGAUACAUUUAUAGUUUGUACGAAGCAGUCCUAAACACAACAAUACGAACAGCCACGCCCACACAACUUUAAGAUAUAGGAGAGAUCUAGAACAGAGCGUACCUGAGCAGACCUCAGAGACUCGGAAUCGGACGAAAUCAAAGGAUGGCUAAAAGCCAGCACCAGGACCACACCGAACAGAUUACUCCGAUCGGAUCCCUCUGAAGGACCCAUCCAUCUAUGUGAACGUUGUAAACCCUCUGUGUGUCCUUUCGUUCCGUCACUUCUCCUCAUCAAUCAGCUAUCAGCAGUAGGAAAAGCGCCAGGAAAAACUAAUGGAAAAUGUGGUAUCAAAUGUUAUUGAGAACGGAGGACAGUUAAGAAACCGCGAGAGUCUCGCUCAAAUUUUUUGUGUAAAAGAACUUUAUAUUUUCAUUAAAACAAAAACCAUGUAUUAACUAUUGAUUCCGAACCGAAAGCGGACCUUUGUAAGUUGUAAAACGUUUGUUAUCUAAAACACCUUUUGUUCACCUUCUUUAUAUGUGUACGAGAAGAUGUGUCGCCAAGCCAGAAGCAGCGAAACUUAAUAAUGUAAAGUAAAAAAAUGUUAAAAGAAAACCAGAAAAAAAAAUGGUAAAAGGAAACCAAACUAGCAAACAAAACCUGUAACUAUCUAUGUACGGAAACGAAAAAGUAAUACCUAAACCUUAAGUAAGAGAAGCAAAACAAAAGAAAUCCACAAUAAUGUCCGAUCUUAAAGAAACGAGAAUGAAAACUAAGAACUAUUAAUUUAUAAGAAACGAGUUGAUGAAGAAAAUCUUAAGAGAGAAAAGCAAAAUUACGCUCGAGUUUGUAGUAAAUGUUGAUAAAAAAAAAACACACACA